AUGUUUAGUAAAUACCCAAAACAAUUAUGGAAGAACAGCCAUUUUAUUGCUAGCCAGAGUGGUCACUCUUCUGUUGUCGCUUUCUUACUCAACAAUGGGGCAGACCCUAAUUUACCUGAUAAUGAAGGUUGGGCACCUCUUACGAUAGCCAGUCAAAAUGGACAUGGUGAUGUAAUUGAGAUAUUACUAAGGAAGAAUGUUCCAGUAACACCCAAACAAAAAGGGAAUAACAGCUAUUUGUAUGCUAGCCACCAUGGUCACUCUUCUGUUGUCUCUAUGUUACUUAGCAAUGGGGCAGAUGCCAACCUAGCUAUGACCAAUGGAUGGACACCUCUUAUGGCAGCCAGUCAAAAUGGUCAUGCUGAUGUUGUUGAGAUACUACUUAACAAGAAUGCUCUAGUCAACACCCAAAACAAUUAUGGAAAAACAGCCAUUUAUAUUGCUAGCCAGAAUGGUCACUCUUCUGUUAACACCUUACUUAGAAAUGGAGCAGACCUUAAUUUACCUGGCAAUGAUGGCUUAAAUACCCAAAACGAAAAAAGGAUAACUGCUAUUUAUAUUGCUAGUCAGAGUGGUCACUCUUCUGUUGUUUCUACCUUGCUUAGCAAUGGGGUAGAUCCCAGCCUAGCUACGAGUGAUGGCUGGACACCUCUUAUGGCAGCCAGUCAAAAUGGUCAUACUGAUGUUAUUGAGAUAUUACUUAAUAAGAAUGUUCUAGUAAACACUCAAAACAAUUACGGAAGAACAGCCAUUUAUAUUGCUAGCCAGAAUGGUCACUCUUCUGUUGUUUCUUCCUUACUCAAGAAUGGGGCAGAUCCUAAUUUAUCUGACAAUGAUGGCUGUACACCUCUUAUGGAAGGAGAAACAGCUAUUUGUAUUGCUAGCCACCAUGGUCACUCUUCUGUUGUUUCUACCUUACUUAGCAAUGGGGCAGACCCCAACAUAGCUGACAAUGAUGGCUGGACACCUCUUAUGGUAACCAGUCUAAACAGUCAUGAUCCCAACAUAGCUGACAAUAAUGGAUGGACACCUCUUAUGAUAGCCAGUGUAAACUCUUAUGGUGAUGUCAUUGAGAUACUUCUAGAGAAUAAUGUUCCAGUAAAUACCCAAAACAAAAAGGGAGUAAACACCUAUUGUAUUGCUAGCCAGAACGGUCACUCUUCUGUUGUUUCUACCUUACUAAGAAAUGGGGCAGAUCCCAACUAG